AUGCCACCAGAUCGACAACGCGCAACUCGAAUAGUUCGCGUCCGUACAGGAUGUUGGAGUUGCAGACGACGAAAGAAGAAGUGCGAUGAAGUUCGACCAAUAUGCGGGGGCUGUAUGCGUAAUGAUCUCGGCUGCCAAUGGCCCACAAUCAUUCCCGGGAGGAACUCCGGUCCCGGCAACGACUUAUCGCGAGUCGAGGAGCGGCGCUCAAGCCCCGUGAAGGUGAUAGAGGAGGUUGAGCCGUCGCAAGUUGUACAGAGUCCUAACUCUUCAAUACGACAAUCUUCCGUUUCAUCGGUCGGAGGUCAAUCACCGAUUCUCGGGGAGCCUCUCAACGAUGGAAUAACACAAUCCCAAGUUAAUGUCCAGGAUGAGACAUCAGUAUCCGAUCGCCGGGAUUCGAAUUUGAGCAUUGGAUCAAAUACAUGCAAUAUUGAAAAUGCUCUUAUUCCUUCAAUUCCUUCAACAGCCGUUGGGAAUAUGGUCCCGCGGACGAUGUCAAUGCUCCCGGGCUACGAUGCGGAGUCGUACACUCUACUGAGCCACUAUCUUAGUACCACUGCAGAUUGCAUGGCGAACGGCACAACACCAAUCAAUCCUUUCUUAGUCCAGAUUGUACCGCUGGCAUUUACUAGCGACUUAUUACUGCAACUUGUCAUCACCCAAAGCGCUGCGCAUCGGGCAUUUCGACGCCGAGAUGAAUCGGACGCGGUUGCUCAAUCUCAUUAUACGAAAGCGAUCCAGUUAUUUCGACAUGGAGUGGGCGAGUUUAUUGAUGGAAGAGAAUCCAAUCCGUUGAUGCUUCUUGUUGGGGCUCUUCUCAUGUGCUUUACAGAGACAGCAAAAGGAGACAUGACUGGAACCAUUUUCGAUCAUUUGACAGCGGCGAAUACCCUCCUUGUGAAGCUAUUAGCGCAAAGCGAUGCCACAGUGCCACGAGAAUUAAAGGACUUCGUGAUCGAAUAUUACGUCUACACAGCAUCUGUCAGCAUGAUCUCUGUCGACGCCCGACUAAGUCGCCAACUUUUCCUAAACUUCGAUCUAGAGCAGCGAGCACGCGAACUUCUAACAAUACAAUACGUUGGAAACUUAUGCGGCUGCUGGCUUGAGCUACUACUUCUGAUCCCCGUUAUCUUCGAUCUCGGCCGCCAAUGGAUGAUGGAGGAGACACAGAUCAUUCCGACCGCAGAUGACAUCGCCAUGUUCGCAUCGAUCCAAGCACAGAUUUUACGAUGGGCGCCAUUUCCAUCUGUUGAGUCGGAAGUGUAUCUUGCAGGCUUGAUCUUCCAGCAAGCCAUGUUGAUUUAUCUAUACACGUCUUUGGGAGGAUAUAAAUAUGCCAUUGAUGGAAUGUACAGAGGAAUUAUCCAGACUGCCGUCACAGAAGCGAUGUCAUAUCUAGAGGAGUUAUCGCCAAAUGCGCGCAUAAACUCUGGUAUGUGUUGGCCGAUUGCUGUUGUCGGUUCUUGUUUAGAAGGCCUGGAUGAACAGGAUCGUUUGCGAACAAGAUUGACUGCCAUGUCGAGUCAUUUUGGGCUUGGAAAUAUGCAUCGCACUCUGCAGUUGCUGGAGGCAAUGUGGCAUGUGCCACCGUCUGAGGCGGGUCCUUGGAAUAUUUGUCGAUCGAUGCAGCAGAAGGAGAUCUGGAUCUCCUUCGCCUGA